CCCCAGGCUGGAGUCAUGUGACCGACACAAUGGCUGUGAGCCCACGGGAGGCUUCCCGGCAACGUCGAAUCCAAGACAUGACGGCCGCCGCGGGUUCGGCGGGCCGCGCCGCCGUGCCUCUGCUGCUGUGCGCGCUGCUGGCUCCCGGCGGCGCGUACGUGCUGGACGACUCCGACGGGCUGGGCCUGGAGUUCGACGGCAUCGGCGCGGUCAGCGGCGGCGGGGCAACCUCCCGACUUCUAGUAAGCUACCCAGAGCCUUAUCGUUCUGAAAUAUUGGAUUAUCUCUUUAAGCCAAACUUUGGUGCCUCUUUGCAUAUUCUGAAAGUGGAAAUAGGCGGUGAUGGGCAAACAACAGAUGGUACUGAGCCCUCUCACAUGCACUAUACAUUAGAUGAAAAUUAUUUUCGAGGCUAUGAGUGGUGGUUAAUGAAAGAAGCUAAGAAGAGGAACCCCGAUAUUAUACUUAUGGGGUUACCAUGGUCAUUCCCUGGAUGGCUGGGAAAAGGCUUAAACUGGCCUUACAAAAAUAUUCAACUGACCGCCUACUAUAUCGUGAGCUGGAUUGUGGGCGCCAAGUAUUAUCAUAAUUUGGACAUUGAAUAUAUUGGAAUUUGGAAUGAAAGGUCAUUUGAUGUCAAUUAUAUCAAGGUAUUAAGAAGGAUGCUGGACUACCAAGGUUUCCAGCAAGUGAAAAUCAUAGCAAGUGACAAUCUUUGGGAGCCUAUUUCUUCUUCCAUGCUGUUUGACCCUGAACUCUUGAAGGUGAUUGAUGUAAUAGGGGCUCAUUAUCCUGGGACCCAUACAGUACACAAUGCAAGGUUGACUGGAAAGAAACUUUGGUCUUCUGAAGAUUUUAGUACAUUAAACAGUGAUGUGGGCGCAGGCUGUUGGGCUCGAAUAUUAAAUCAGAAUUACAUCAAUGGCUAUAUGACUUCUACAAUUGCUUGGAAUUUGGUGGCUAGUUACUAUGAAGAGUUGCCCUAUGGACGAUGUGGACUAAUGACUGCCCAGGAGCCAUGGAGUGGGCACUAUGUAGUGGAAUCUCCCAUUUGGGUGUCAGCGCAUACAUCUCAGUUUACUCAACCAGGUUGGUACUACUUGAAGACAGUUGGCCAUUUAAAGGAAGGAGGAAGCUAUGUAGCUCUGACUGAUGGCUUAGGCAACCUCACCAUUGUCAUUGAAACAAUGAGUCAUAAACAUUCUAUGUGUAUCCGGCCAUUUCUUCCCUAUUACAACGUGUCACGACAAGUGGCUACCUUUUUUCUUCAGGGAACUCUUAGUGAUAUACCAGAGCUACAGGUGUGGUAUACUAAGCUUGGAAUACCAUCUGAGAGAUACCUUUUUAAACGACUGGAUUCUAUAUGGCUCCUUGACAGUGGUGGCACCUUCACAUUGGAACUGCAAGAAGAUGAGAUAUUCACGCUCACCACUCUCACCACGGGUCGGAAAGGCCAGUUCCCAUAUCCUCCCAAAUCCCGGCCCUUCCCAUCUAUCUAUGAUGAUGAUUUCAAUGUUGAGAACCCAUAUUUUAGUGAAGCUCCCUAUUUUGCUGAUCAGACCGGUGUCUUUGAGUACUACAUGAACACUGAAGAUCCAGGGGAGCACCGGUUCACUCUACGACAAGUUCUCAAUCAACGCCCCAUUACUUGGGCUGCUGAUGCUUUCAGUCCAAUCAGCAUUAUAGGAGAUUACCAAUGGACCAAUCUCACUAUUGAGUGUGAUGUUUAUAUAGAGACCUCGGAGAAGGGAGGUGUGUUCAUUGCAGGAAGAGUAAACAAAGGUGGUAUUUUGAUCAGAAGUGCCACAGGAGUUUUCUUCUGGAUUUUUGCAAAUGGAUUUUACAGACUUACAGCUGAUCUUGCUGGGUGGAUGACGUAUACUUCAGGACAUGCUGAUAUUAGAGCACAAGAAUGGUAUACACUCACAUUAACAAUUAAGGGUCCUAUUUCAUCUGGCAUGUUGAAUGGCCAGUUAUUGUGGGAAUAUGUCCCGGUCCAUUACCCAAGGAACGGCUGGGCUGCGAUUGGAACUCACUCCUUUGAAUUUGCACAGUUUGACAACUUUCAUGUGGAAGCUGCACACUAGAGAUCUUACAGAGCAUGAUAGAACACUUUUUGGAUUUUCUUUCUUUUUGAUUUUGGUUCUGGAGCUAAUUAUUGUCUUGGUGGACCAACAUGUAUGCCUUUUGAGGCUAAAAUAAUGCAGAGUAAGUGGGGAGAGAGAUAUAUAUUUUUGCUUGAUCGGGUGAAAAUUUUUUAUUAGAAGUAAUUCUAAUGUAGGUGAACCUUCAGCAUUUUCUGAUGAUUCAGACCUUGAAGGCUUGGUGCUGUUACCGAGGCAGCUCUCUUCAUCUCAUCUUCAAGUGAUCAUACAGAUGGCCAGGACUCUGUAGCCACUGAGAUAUAAUUGAGUGCUGACCGUAUGUACAAGUAAGCUAAUCAUCUUGAGACGAUGCUCCAUGAAGAAAGCCGAAGGCCACUUCAGCAUGCUGUCAUCACUCCCAGAAGUGCUUUUUCUUCUCUUGAAAGGAUGAUGCUUUGGAAUUGCAGGAUAUGAUGAGUGAAAUGAUUUAUUAAAAAAUACCUCAUUAAUAAACUAACUUUAAAGCUAUUUAUGAAAUAAUAAAUAUUAGCAGGUUAAAUGGGGCAUUUACAUUCUCUCAUUCUUUGAAUUCCAACUUUGAAUCUUGUGCCACUUUUCUAAGUGUCUGAGAAUGUUGUCCCAGAUGACUGGAGAAAAGGGUACCCAGCAUAAGCCAGUGCUCUGCGCGGAUCUAGAGAUGCCUGUACCAGCCUGCCUGUAUGUCAUUCCACUGUGCCUUUUGUGGUUUACCCUCCUGUCUGCCACAGAUGAAACAUUAAUGAAUGUUUUCAUCUCCUUACACGUGGAGCUCACAGGACUGGAUUAUUUCCUACAAUUUUGAAUGAUGAGAUGCACUUAUUACAGUCCCAAUGUGUGUAUAUUUAAAUAUGGGUGAGACCGUUUCUCAUUAGUAAUGAUUUCUAUCUAAGCACUAAUUUCAUUCUUAUAAACAACUCAAUUAUUCGUGUGGGUGAAGUAAAUUGUAGAAUUUUUUUUUAAGGAAUGAAUUACUCAUUGAACUAAUUCUACUGCUUAGGAAUUUGUAAUAGUCUAACAUAGGCUAAGCUAAAAUACAGUUUUGCAUUACUUUUGAAGACAGGCUAAUUACUAGAAUAAAUUAUAUUACAAAGAAAAUUCAGAGAUUGAAAUCAGUGAUUUCAAGUUUAUAUCUCUAAAUAUUGUUGAAAACUAACAUAUAGGUCUAAUAUAUAUAUAUGUAGUAAAAUGUUCCCAUUUUAAGUGCACAACUCAGUGAGUUUUGAUGAAUGUUUACACCUGUGUAACCAACUCUCCAGUCAAGCUCAUGACUUUUCACCACUCCAAAAAAAAUCAUUGGUAUGAUUUCUGCUGCUAGGGAUUUUCUUUUGUUUCAAAUAAAAAGUAUUAUAAUUUGCUCUGUA